GGUGCCAAACCACCUGACAGCAUGUCAGUUUUAUGAACUACAACAAGGACGCAGCUCAAACCUGUUACUCAUUAAAAAACGGUCAUCUCGAUCAAAGUUCUCCAGGCUUUAUGGGCUUGUUAACUGCAGUCCGACAAACACGUUCCUGUCAGAGUAACAUCAUGGGGUUAAGAGGCAAACUGGCUGCACUGGUUGGAGUCUUUGUGCUCUUGAAGGUGCAAGCUCUUCCAACAUUUAUUGGUGAUGAUGCAGAUAAAGGAGAUCUGAGAGAAGACAUUCCUGAAAUCAAUCGAGAACUCGAGCACUUGUUUGAAGGAGACAUCGCUGGUCAUUCGAGCAGAAAUGCCAUUCUUGACGAAACGAGGCGAUGGAAGUUCCCAAUCCCUUACAUCUUGACUGAUUCUUUAGAUUUGAACGCUAAGGGUGUGAUUCUCCAGGCAUUUGAGGAGUAUCGCUUACGAUCCUGUGUAGACUUCAAGCCCUACGAAGGGGAAUCCAGCUUCAUCUCCUUUGCCAAGUUCUCCGGAUGCUGGUCUUAUGUCGGGGAUGAUAAAAUUGGGCAAAAUUUGUCCAUCGGGGCGAGGUGUGACACCAAGGCCAUAGUGGAGCAUGAGCUGCUCCAUGCUUUGGGGUUCUAUCAUGAGCAGUCUCGUUCCGACAGAGACGACUACGUCAAAAUCUGGUGGGACGAGAUUGAAGAAGGAAUGGAGCACAAUUUUAACAAAUAUGAGGAUGACUUCAUCACCGAUCUCAACACUCCGUACGACUAUGAGUCCGUCAUGCACUACAGACCGUUUUCUUUCAACAAGAACGAAAGCUUCCCCACCAUCACCACCACCAUACCAUACUUUAAUGACGUCAUCGGCCAGAGGAUGGACUUUAGUGAAGUGGACAUUACCAGGCUCAACCGCAUGUACGACUGUGCCAAUUCACUCAUUCUGUUGGACCAGUGCACAUUUGAGCUCAUCAACAUCUGUGGAAUGAUCCAGAGCGAGACGGACAGUGCAGACUGGGUCCAGACACUCGGCAGUCCAGCAGAUGGAGAUCACACCUUGGCAGGCCGCUGCAGAGAUUCUGGCUAUUUCAUGAAGUUUGACACUUCAUCCGGGGAUGUCGGCAACAGCGCCUUGCUGGAGUCACGCAUCCUCUAUCCAAAAAGAGACGAGCAGUGCCUGGAGUUUUUCUAUAGGAUGACUGGAGCAGCCGGGGACAAACUGGUCAUAUGGAUCAGGGCUGACGAUGGGACCGGGAAUGUGCAGAGUCUCAGGAGGAUACACACUAUAACAGGUGAUGGGGAUAGUACCUGGAAAAUAGCCCAUGUGUCUCUUAAAAUGACCAAGAAGUUUCGUUAUAUCUUCCAAGGCGUCAGAGGAUCACUGAGCUCCUCAGGGGCCAUUUUCAUUGAUGACAUUACUCUUAGUGAGACUGUGUGCCCCAGUGCCGUCUGGCACAUUCAAAACUUCACCAACGCCAUUGAAACCACUCCAGUAGGGACGCCACUUAAGAGCAAAUGCUUCUACAACUCGGAGGGAUACUCAUUUGGCAUUAGCGUGUACCCAAAUGGCAGAGACAGUGAAUACUCAGACUAUGUAGGCAUCGCUUUCCAUCUCUGCAGUGGCGAAAAUGAUGGAGUGAUGCAGUGGCCGGUUCAAAACAGGCAAGUCACUGUCGUUGCCAUGGACCAGGAUCCAGACGUUAAACUAAGGAUGUCUUCCACAAGGAGCUUCACCACAGACAACAACACCCGCUGGGACAGACCAACGGCUUCUUCAGGCGCUGUGUGGGACGAAAGCUGUCUGUGCUUCCGCAGUGUAGACUUUGGCUGGAGCACUUUUAUCUCCCACAAUCACCUGCACAGGAAAAACUAUCUGAAGAACAAUGACCUCAUCCUCACUGCUGACUUUAUUGAUUUGACUCACCUGAUCAAGACUGAGGUGCCUAUUAUACCGGCCGAUCAGAUCACUGAGGAAAAGGAAGCUGAUAAGGUGGAAAAGUUGAAGGAAUCAGCCAAACACAGAGAACCACGAGCCACACAUGCCUGCCAUCCCAACCCAUGUUUGAAUGGAGGUGUGUGUGUGGAGAGUGAAGGCAAAGCCUUAUGCAGGUGCGCAACAAGCCAAGCCACCUACUAUACUGGUCAGACAUGUGAAAAGAUGAACAUCGACAGGCGAAUCCUGGGAGCUCUGAUUGGAGGAGCAGCGGGGACGUUUGUCUUGACUUUGGCCAUUUUCCGUGUUAUUCGAAGAAACAAAGCCGACACUCUGUAGAGGACGGAAGCGUCCUCCCGACUUCCCAGCAGACAGUAUGUUUGCACUUGACUGAAAGGUUUUGUGUUUUGAAUCAAAUACAUAAAUCCAGUCCAUCCAUUUAACCUCAUAGACGCAUGAUUUUUUAUUUUCAAUUUCAAACAUGUACACUUUAAUAAAUUAUAACCAAUAAAAUACCAAUAACUUAAUUUUAUUUCUUAUAAUAAAAGUCAUUGGAUGUAGUCUGCAAAA